GCCGAUUCGCUGUUAAAAAAACGCCAGCGCAUACGCGACUCGCACACCUGCAGUGACAUGGACGGCGCCGACGCCCAGCUUCUCCAAGAUCUGGCCGAGGUCGACUUCCUCCUUUGUCUUCCGGCACAGCGCUGCGGCGAUGGCCCCUAUCAGGGUGCAUCGGGCUGCGGUAGCACUGUAGCAUCUUGCAGCUCGACGCCGUCGAGCGUCCGAACAUCGUCCUCCUCUUGCUGCUCGACGCCGUCGCUGGCACCCUCGUGCACGCCAGCGCCAUCGUGCUGCUCUGCGUCAUCAUGCGCCCCCGUUGCACCGUCUUGCUGCGCACCCGCCCCCAAAAGCACGCGACGCGUAUCCAAGCCAAUGGCAUCAUCCGCGCGUUGCACCUCGUCGUCCGCGAGCACAACCUCGUGCAGCGACGCGGUGACGUCGUGCAGCGAUACAUCGAGUUGUUGUAGCAGCUCUCCGCGCGGUGCGCAAGCUGCCACGUGUUGCAGUGGGGGUGCGCCUAGCAAUCUCUCAAAGAAGGAGAAGCGGCUGGCCGACCGUGCGCAGCGAUGCAAGCGCGACCGCGCCAAGCUCAAGGACGAAAUGGCCGACCUGAAACGAACGGUGGGCGAUCUCUCGGAGCGCGUCUCGACGCUUCGGACGCUGCAGUGCAUCGAGCGCGACUUUUCGACACCGGCGUCGUGGGAAGCCGCCGCGCUUGCGCAGAGUGCGCAGCACCGACAGGCGCUUCGCGACAACGAGAGCCUCCGCGCCGUUUUGUACGAGCACUUGGCGCUCGCGGACGAGCUCCAGCGCCUCAUUACAAAGCGACCCCGCCUCGCUUCGGCGUGUGGCAGCAGUCCCGUCGAGCGCGAUGCGUGGCGUCUCGAACCGAGCGAGACAGCCGCCGAGUUGCAUGCGCUGGUCGACAACGAGUACGACCGACUCGAGGCCGUGCUCGUCAAGAAUGGCCUCGACACCAAGAGUUCUGCGUGCGCUCCGGCGCUGCGCUGCUGCUGCGACCCGCUGAGCAACGCCAAAGCCAUCGAAAUGGUGCGCAGCUAUGCCGUCGCCGUGCCAUGGACGACGCUUGCGGACGCCGUCUGGCGUAUCUGGAGCGGUGGCGUCGACUAUUCCCAGCAACCCGGUGCCCUCUACCAGUGCGGCGAGCUGCUCGAUGCCAACGCCGCGUACGUGGCGUUUAGCGCCAACCUCUCGCCCGACGCGACCGCGCCCAUCUCAGUCCAGGGCAACCUCGUCGUCAAGCGCUACGUCGAGGCCGACCGCAUCGUGUUCGUGUGGCGCUCCGUGGCCAGAGACGCGGGCGUGGCGACGGGCGGGGCCAUUGCCGACAACGAGUGUGGCUGGCUGCUCGUCGAACCCUCCGACACGAACGAAGCGCGCGUCAAGCUCGUGCUCACGUCCAAGCUCUCGGUCGAGCACGAGGCAAUUCCAGACAGCGUCGACGACACCCUCGCAGACGCCAUGACGCUGCAGUGUCAUCUCAAAAGCACGACAAAGCGAGAGGUCAAGUUCAUGCGUCUCUGGGCCCAGUAUUUUGAGCGCACGUGGGAUGCCAUGGUCGCGCUCGCGGUUGCCCGCGCCUAAUCCAUCGAGCAUGUUGGAUCAUUAUAGGAUUAAUCGAAACAAGCUACGGGUAUUGCAAGACA